AUUUUGGCCCACGUGUGUCUCCUUGAAUAGUCCGGCAGCCGAAAAGCCGCAGCAUGUCGUGGUUGUUCGGCAUCAAUAAGGGCCAGCCUGCACCUCCAGCAGACGUACCUCCAUUUGUACCACCGCCGGCAGGAUCUGGGGGUGGCGGAGAGGAUAAACCCAAGGAUAAAUGGAGCAAUUUCGAUCCAACGGGAUUAGAGCGGGCAGCCAAAGCGGCUCGGGAGCUCGACCAGUCCCGUCAUGCCAAAGAGGCACUGAACUUGGCACACAUGCAGGAAACAACCCUGCAGAUGGAGCAGCAGAGCAAGAUCAAGGAAUAUGAUGCUGCUCUUGAACAGAUGAAAAUAGAACAGAUUCGAACCCAGGCUGAAGAACGCAGGAAGACGCUAGGAGAGGAGACCAAGCAGCAUCAGGCGAGGGCACAAUAUCAAGACAAACUGGCAAGGCAACGAUAUGAAGAACAGUUAAGACAACAGCAACUGCUUAAUGAGGAAAAUCUAAGGAAGCAGGAGGAAUCUGUCCAGAAGCAGGAGGCAAUGCGGAAAGCCACAAUUGAACAUGAGAUGGAACUGAGACACAAAAAUGAGAUGUUGAGGAUUGAAGCUGAAGCCAGGGCACGAGCCAAAGUAGAGCGUGAGAAUGCAGAUAUAAUCCGGGAGCAAAUUCGUCUGAAGGCUGCUGAGCACAGGCAGACCGUGCUGGAGUCAAUACAGACAGCUGGAACGGUGUUUGGAGAGGGAUUUAGAGCCUUCAUUUCUGACUGGGAUAAGGUCACAGCCACGGUUGCUGGCCUAACUUUGUUAGCAGUGGGUAUUUACUCUGCAAAAAAUGCUACAGCUGUUUUGGGACGAUACAUUGAAGCUCGUUUGGGAAAACCAUCAUUAGUGCGAGAAACCUCUAGGAUUACAGCCACAGAGGCAGUCCAACACCCUAUUAAGGUGGGAAAAAGGAUCCUAAGUAAAGCACAGGAUGCAUUGGAAGGUGUUGUCCUCAAUCCCAAACUGGAGGAGAGGGUGCGAGAUAUUGCCAUAGCAACAAGGAACACACGACAAAACCGUGGCCUGUACCGGAAUAUCCUUAUGUAUGGCCCUCCAGGUACUGGAAAAACACUUUUUGCAAAGAAACUGGCCAUGCACUCUGGUAUGGACUAUGCCAUAAUGACAGGUGGAGAUGUUGCUCCCAUGGGAAGAGAUGGCGUCACAGCAAUGCACAAAGUAUUUGACUGGGCAAAUACCAGCAAGAGAGGCCUACUUCUGUUUGUGGAUGAAGCAGAUGCUUUUCUUCGCAAGAGAUCAACGGAGAAAAUCAGUGAGGAUCUUCGAGCCACUCUGAAUGCAUUCCUGUACAGAACUGGAGAGCAGAGCAAAAAAUUCAUGCUGGUGCUGGCCAGUAACCAACCAGAACAGUUUGACUGGGCAAUCAAUGACCGGGUUGAUGAGAUUGUGAACUUUGCCCUGCCAGGUCUAGAAGAACGAGAGCGGCUAGUAAGGCUAUAUUUUGACAAAUAUGUCCUGAAGCCUGCAACUGAGGGGAAGCAGAGGCUGAAGGUUGCACAGUUUGACUAUGGUCUGAAAUGCUCAGACCUGGCCAAAGUGACUGAAGGCAUGUCUGGAAGAGAGAUCUCCAAGUUGGGCGUUGCUUGGCAGGCUGCCGCGUAUGCUUCUGAAGAUGGCGUUCUGACUGAAGCCAUGAUUGAUGCCCGUGUGGCUGAUGCUGUGCGGCAGCACCAGCUCAAAAUGCAGUGGCUGAAGAUGGAAAAGGCAGAGAGUGGAAAGUCUGCUAUGAACCCCCUUAUAUUAGAAGGAACCCCUGUCUGAAACUACAAGAAGCGUGCAGCCUGAGCAAGGCAGCAUGUGGUCAUCGGUCCAGUGGGUCCAGUCACCUCAUCUCUGUAAAUCAUGGAUUAUUCUGUCGGUUAAUUAAUGAUUGUCUGGUGGUACAGACUAAGGCUGGGAUGUCUGACCGUAGGUUUAAUAUGCAAGCUCUCUGGGACCCCCAGCAAGGUUAUAUAUGAACUUUGCCAUGCAGAAUUUUAGAAGAGUGGGUGGGUUACAAUGAGAAACUACAGGAAUGUCUUUCCUUUAUGGUCAGGUAAGGGUGCUGAGAAUUUGUUUGUUUUUUAAUCAAGUCAUGAUGAGUUUUUGCAGAAAUCUAAAUUAAAGUGUUACAUAUGGACUUGAGCAGUGCAGUUUUAGGAAAUACCAUGUGAGGGAGAAGCUCAGAGCUAGAGUGACCAUGUAAGGGAGCAUUCCUUUGGUCUGACAUCCUGGACCCAAGGUGUGGGCUGGGGAGCACCUGAAAUGGCAUGACCUUGUACUUAAUCGGGGAAUGAGAGAAAAUGUGUCACUUUUAUUUGUGCUAAUUUGGGACCCGGUGCUUCCUUGUCCAGUCAGAGUGAUAUGGAAUGGCCUUUUACUCUGAAUAAAUGGAGGUGCUUUAUUAUCAAG